AGCGGGGAGGACACACACACACACACACACACACACACACACACACAGUGGACCCACCGUGAUCUUAAACAGCUGGAGAUCAAAAAUACACUCAUCCAAUUGGUGGAACUGAGCUGGAAUAUUGGAUCGGAGAACUUUGGCAGUGACCACAGAACGGCCCCGCAGGUGGGAUAAAAAAACGCGGACUUGGUCACACGUUGUCAAGCCUGGAGCAAGAUCCAGUGUCCGGAUGGGAUUGAGCACGUGAAUAUGUGUGUGUGUGAGUGCCUUUAAGUGUGUCAUUUUCCGGUUGCCACGUGCCUUUGAGCAAGCGAAGAUCUUGCUGUGUGAGUGUGAGGCUCCUCUGAAGAUGAGGGCCCUCGCUCUGCUGUGUCUCCUGAUGGUGGCGGUGGUCGGGGCCUCCAGGUUCGCCCGCGACUCCCAAGGCGGCCCUGAGGCUUCAGAAACCUCCAAGAGCAACACGUCUGUCCCGCUGCCUCCACCACAGCCAGGCCGACCGCGGGGCUCCUUCCCCCCCAUGUGCAUAAAGCCCACAGAGAUCAAACACGCCUUCAAGUAUGUGAACACCAUUGUGUCGUGCCUGAUCUUUGUGGUGGGGAUGAUCGGCAACUCAGCGCUGCUCAGGAUCAUAUAUAAGAACAAGUGUAUGAGGAACGGACCAAACGUCCUGAUUGGAAGCCUGGCACUGGGGGACCUGCUUUAUAUUAUCAUCGCCAUCCCCAUCAAUGUGUUUAAGCUGAUAGCGGAGGACUGGCCAUUUGGUGUUUACGUCUGUAAACUGGUGCCGUUCAUACAGAAAGCGUCUGUGGGAAUCACUGUCCUCAGCCUGUGCGCCCUCAGCAUUGACCGCUACCAUGCAGUGACAUCCUGGAGCAGGGUGAAGGGGAUGGGGAUCCCUCUGUGGAAAGCCGUGCAGGUGACUCUGAUCUGGCUGGUGGCCGUGGCGCUGGCCGUCCCCGAGGCGCUGGCGUUCGACAUGUUGGAGAUACCAUACAGAGGCAGUAAGCUGCGAGUCUGCCUCCUGCACCCGGAACAAACCAAUAGCUUCAUGAAGUUCUACCAGGAUGUGAAAGAUUGGUGGCUGUUUGGCUUCUACUUCUGCUUCCCCCUGGCCUGCACAGGGAUCUUCUACACCCUUAUGUCCUGUGAGAUGCUUGGUCGUAAAAAAGGCAUGCGCAUCGCACUCAAUGACCACAUGAAACAGCGGAGGGAAGUGGCGAAGACGGUCUUCUGCCUGGUUUUGAUUUUUGCUCUCUGCUGGCUGCCCCUUCAUCUCAGCCGUAUUUUGAAGAAAACAAUCUACGACCAAAAUGACCCCAACCGCUGUGAACUGCUCAGCUUCCUGUUAGUGAUGGAUUACAUCGGCAUCAACAUGGCUUCCCUAAACUCCUGCAUUAACCCGAUUGCCCUCUACUUUGUCAGCCAGAAGUUUAAAAACUGCUUCCAGUCUUGCCUGUGCUGCUGGUGCUACAGAAUGUCUCCCCUGGACGAGCGAGGUUCGGGAGGACGCUGGAAGGGCUCCGGCCCCGGGAACGGUCUGGACCGCUCCAGCUCCCGCUCCAGUCAGAAAUACACAAGCUCUUCAUAAACACACACACAUGCUCACACACAGGCAAACACACCUACACACACACACACAUCACUGUACCUCUUCUCUCGAACCCGUGUUCCCAUCAACUUCCAUCACAGAGAAACAGCAUUGCUGCCAACAGAUUGACGAGGAGGGAAGAUUGGAAUGAGGUUCUACAGGAUGCACAUCAGACUGAAAGACUCUGAGGUAGAAGCAUUGACCCAAGGACUGCUCCUGUUCAGGCUGCUGCACUAUACUGCAGAAACUAGGAUGAAACCAGGGCGGCAUAGAUCUAUUCAUACUCCAACACUGAGGCUUGUGCAGAGGGUUAAAAGUCUCUAAGUGGACCGUCACAGUAAUUACAGUUAUAAAGAAUGUUAAUUCAAGCCACAUGUAAAUGUAUGUACAUUAUUUACCUGUAGACUGCACACGUAAAGUCAUAUCUAUAGCCGUAGUGCUUCAUGUAUGAUUAAUAGCCGAAGAGUACUAACUGUUGAAGCUUUAAUACCUCACGGGGAAAGAUAGAGGGAAACUGUGACCCGAGAAUCAGUAGCCAAUUAUCUGAAAAUCAUGUGCGUAUUCUCACUGCGCCAUGCCCAUGUGCCUUGGUGACAUCAUACUCAAGCAAAAUGGGCCCCACUGUGUAUCCUUGGGAGUCAAACAGCAGAAAUCCUUCAUCUGGAAAUCAUCGCAGUGUGAGUCAUCUGGAGGAAAGCUGUUGUCCUUGAACGCUGACAAACACCAGAUGAUUCCCAUCGUGUCACAAAGAAGAGGUCAAUAUUAGUUCUAUUGUUAAUGCAGUACUCAUGCUGUCGUAAGUGGUUUCCACUAUGUAUAAAGUCUUAACUUGUCUCUUUACAAUGUAGCUUCUAUUUUUCUAAGGAAAUAUCACAAAACAGGUGGAGCUCGUUUCAUCAGUCCAACAUGAAGUGUUCAUUUACUAUUUUCCAAAUAUCUGACCACUGUCAGUGAGUGGUCAGAUUUCAUGAGCUUUCAUGGGGCCGGAAAUAUACUUCUAAGAGCUGCUAUAGGAACACAAUUCUUAUAUUGUACACGUUUUUAAAGCUUAAGGUAGGGAAAAAAAACAUUUUUGUACAGCUGGAUGUUUUUAAAAAGUGAAUGUUUUUAUCAGAGAUUACAUUAUGGUCAUAGCAUUUAUUUAGAAAUAUGUAGUUCUUUCCUUUCAGUGUAGGGUCCAAUGAAUUUAGGUAUAAUUCAGGGACAAAUUGAAUGUGAGCGAUUGACAUAAUCUGUGAACGAGAGAGUUUCUCAUAAAGAGAUGUGAAGUAUGUGGGGUCCAACACAGGAGGACUUUGGGACGCCUGAGAUUGCUGAGCAACUCAGUCAUCGCUUACCCGUGACAAAUCUUGUGAUACCAGCAUCAAGAAAAUACUUUUUACAUAAGUUAGGGCUCUUUAAAAAGAAAAAAACUGCAGUUUGUGCCUUAUUGUAAAUCAGCAGUCCACCAGAGUAUUAUUAUUCAGUAAAACCCACGUGGUACAAAUUAUUAAAAGGUGAACUUUAAACCUAAAUGAAUCACAGUUUUUCACAUUGGUAGAAGUGACUAGGGCUGGACGAUAUGGCAGAAUUUAUAUCAAGAAAAAAAUAUGCAUAUCAGCCAGAAUCUGCUAUUUUACAAAAAUGUCAUAUUAUUAUUUCUUUUGAGAUUAAAGAAGUAAAGGUUGUGGCUUGACAAACAGAGAAUGAAAAACAUUUUACAAAUCUGAGGUUGAUAUUUCGUUUUCUCAACACAAUAUAUAAAAACACAUUGAGCCUUUGUUAUAUUGCUUUUGAUGAAAAUCAUUUUGCGUUAAUUAUUGAUAUUGAUUUUUUGCCCAACCCUAUAUAAGUGACAGCCUAAAGCCCUUCUGAUUAUAUGCACAUGAUGAAUCCCUUAAAUCUGGUGCUGAGAUUGAGCUUGUUUUUUUUAAUUUUGCAUAUUUAGUUUAUUUUUACCAAACUAGUGGGUGAAUGUAUCCUCUUUUAAAACCAAAGUUAUGCUUAACAACCAGAUAAUGUGUCUUAUUUUUAUGUUGUUUUGAAUAUAGACAGUAUUUUUGUGUGUAAUAUAUGAAUGUUCAAACAUAAUAUUCCUUUUGCUACUGUAAUAAGGGUUUGCAGCAGUGCUCAGAUCAGCUGAUACAGUAGCAGUACAUUAACUAAUUGUGUGUAAUUAUCGUGUGGAAGGUCUGAGCAGUUUUGUGAGCAUCCUUACUGAGGGACCUCCAAGAAACAUUUAACACGUAAUUUGAUGAUGAAACGUGAAUAUUGGCCCUGGUGUUUUGGAUUACAUUUAUACUGUAGCCCAAUUGUUUCAUGAGAGUAUGCAGUAAUAAAAACUAUUUUAUAGCA